GUAUCUCCUCCGUGCUCCUCCCGCCGAGGGAAGCGGGAGUUCCAGGAAGUAGUAGAUAGGCGGAUAGGACGGCUUGUUGGCGGUCGGUCUCCUCCAUCUCGGAGCAAGGCUCCUUCCUUUAGGCGGGGCGAUCUCCCGCCUCAGCCCCUUUUUAGGGAGGAAGGAAGGAAAUUGGGAGGGGCGCAAAGAACAGAAGCAAAGAGGAGCCUCCUCUAUACUGGGGUGGAGAGAGCGAGCGCGACGGCGGCUCCUCGCGGGAACAAAGAGGCGCGAAAACGCGAAGGUUGAGGGGAAAGGGGCUACUCUUCGUCUUGCUCUAACAGCCGCGGAGAUGAAAGAAGAGUGAAAAGGCAUGGAUAUAACAUGAAUUGCUUAACAAGUUCAGAAAAAAUAGGAAUUAUUUCUCAGUUAACUAAAUAAAAUGGAUGAGUCGGUCUUAUUGGAUCUGUUGGAGUGCCCUGUCUGUUUAGAACGUCUGGAUGCUUCUGCAAAAGUCUUGCCUUGUCAACAUACAUUUUGUAAAAGAUGUCUCUUGGGCAUUGUGAGCUCACGCAAUGAGCUUCGUUGUCCUGAAUGUAGGACAUUAGUAGACUGCAAUGUUGAUGACCUUCCUAAUAAUAUUUUGCUUGUUCGACUACUAGAUGGCAUCAAACAAAGGCCUCAGAAAUUGACUAAUUUAAUGACAUGCUCAAAUUUAUUAAGUGCCCAAACUAGCACUGUUGCUAAUUGCAUUCAAAAAGGCCUACAUAGUUCUCAAAGUGUCCAGCAACAGAGAGUACAAGCACGAAGCCCACCUGUUAGGGGUGUACCUCAGUUACCUUGUGCCAAAGCAUUAUAUAACUAUGAGGGAAAAGAGCCUGGAGAUCUUAAAUUCAACAAAGGUGACAUCAUUAUAUUACGUAGGCAAGUUGAUGAAAAUUGGUAUCAUGGAGAAGUUAAUGGUAUCCAUGGAUUUUUUCCUACCAAUUUUGUCCAGAUAAUUAAACCAUUACCUCAACCUCCACCUCAGUGCAAAGCACUUUAUGACUUUGAAGUUAAGGACAAGGAAGCUGACAAGGAUUGUUUACCCUUUUCAAAGGAUAAUAUUCUUACUGUGAUUCGCCGAGUAGAUGAAAAUUGGGCUGAAGGAAUGUUGGCUGACAGGAUUGGAAUAUUUCCUAUUUCAUAUGUUGAGUUUAACUCAACAGCAAAACAACUUAUUGAAUUAGACAAACCAUCAGUUUCUACAGUAGAUUCUGGAGAAGGCACCUCUGGUACAUCCCGUUGCAAUUCAGUUCAAAAGCAUACUGAUGUGAAGAAGAAUACCAAAAAACGCCAUUCUUUUACUUCCCUUACUAUGUCCAAUAAGGCUUCACAGUCAUCUCAGAAUCGUCAUUCAAUGGAAAUCAGCCCUCCUGUUCUCAUCAGCUCCAGUAAUCCAACUGCUGCAGCACGGAUAACUGAGCUUUCAGGCCUUUCUUGUAGUGCACCUUCUCAGGUAAUUGUUCACAUUAGUACCACGGGACUAAUUGUAACCCCACCACCCAGCAGUCCAGUAACAACGGAACAUUCAUUUACCUUUCCACCUGAAGUCACUUACCAAGCUGCUUUUGCUGUAAGUAGUAUUAAUCCACCUCUCCCACCACCGCCACCACCUGUCUUAUCUGCUACAAUAAUUGCCCCUAAUUCUACGUGCCUGUCUUCGGGGUCAGUUCAGAAGUCAACAUCUGCAUUGACUGAGCAAAUAUCACAUUUGAGAGCUCAGACAAGACCAAGUGUGUAUAUUGCUAUUUAUCCAUACACUCCUAGAAAAGAAGAUGAACUGGAAUUGAGAAAAGGUGAAAUGUUUUUAGUGUUUGAGCGUUGUCAGGAUGGCUGGUUUAAAGGAACUUCCAUGCAUACCAGCAAAAUUGGUGUAUUCCCUGGAAAUUAUGUAGCACCAGUUACAAGGCCAAUGACAAGUGCUUCCCAAGCAAAAAUACCUGUAUCUACUGCUGGCCAGACAGGGCGAAUAGUGACCAUGGUCAAUGCUUCCACUGCUGGAGGAACAGUGCAAAAAUUUCAGGGAAAUGGUGUGACAGUGUCUUCUGAUACAAUACCGACAGCUGUGGUCUCUGCUGCACACAUACAAAAGAGUCCACAAUCCAAGAUCAUUAUGCAUAUGUCCAGUCAAAUGACAGUAAAUCAAGCUCGCAAUGCAGUUAGAACAGUUGCAAUUCAUAGCCAAGAAAGACCGACAGCCACUGUAACACCAAUUCAGACUCAGAAUUCAGCAUGCCUUAUUCCUGCUGCUGUAAUUAUUCCACACCAUUCUGUUGCCUCCCAACAGCUACAACCUCAAUUUUCAAAUGCUGCUGCUUAUAUCACAGCUGUAAAUAUCAACCGAGCAAAUGUCCCAUUGGCUUGCACAACUUCUUCAUUAAACUCUUCUAGCACUUCUGUAUCAAUAGAGGGAGAUUCAAGUGGAAAAAUUGUGACUGUUCAUACGGGAGCUCCAGCUUCCCCAGAAAAUACAUUGACUGCUGGAGGUACUCCUACUAUGAGUAAAACAGAGAGAGAUGGAAAGAAAGAAAAAAAGGGGUUACUGAAGUUACUUUCAGGAGCAUCUACUAAGCGUAAACUUAGAGCAUCACCACCAUCAUCCCCAACUCUCGAAGUUGAGCUGGCAACUACAGAACUCUCCCUUCAGGGUGCUGUAGGGCCAGAAAUUCCAUCAAUUUCUGGUCAGGGAAGAGCAGACACUUGCCCCAUGGACAGUGAAUCAUCUACAAUUGUGCUGGAGAGUACUCACAGCAAAACAAGUUCUUUGGAUUCUAAUAUACCUGUAGUUCCUCCUCCAAGGCAACCAUGCUCAUCAUUGGCUCUAGUGUCAAAUGAAUCCAGAUCUGUAAUCUAUGAACGAUACAGAGUAGUGGUACCCUAUCCUCCUCAGAGUGAAGCUGAACUUGAACUUAAAGAAGGAGAUGUUGUUUUUGUUCAUAAAAAACAUGAAGAUGGCUGGUUCAAAGGCACAUUGCAGCGAAAUGGAAAAACUGGCCUUUUCCCUGGAAGCUUUGUGGAGAGUAUCUAACAAAACUAAUUUGAAAUAUUUCAACUCUUGCAGCAGUAUACAAAGAGAGAGAUUGUAGCCAUGGAAGGCUGUAGCAUAAACAAAUUUAUAUUUAUGUUUUUCAGUAUCCUACAGCACAAUUCUGGCAACAAAUAUUAAAAUAGUUGAAUUUUUAUCAUUUUUAAUUCUUGAGUGUAACAUGUGCCUUGUAAUGUCUGAUUUAUUCUUCAGAGGAUUUUAAAAGGGUGUGUGUAUGUGUGUGUAUAUACACAUACAUACAUACCAUAAAAGCUUAUUGUUUACAAGGCUGUAACUAAUUUAUUCAUUUUUCUAAACUUGAAUUCUGUUUAAUAACUAAAAUUUGGUGAUUAUGAUUAGCAAGUUAUUUAUAAGUUAAGGAGAAGCUGGAUUCUUUUCUUACAAAAAGAUAUAAUGUCAGAUGGCUUUUUCCAACUGUAUGUGACAAUGAAGUUUUUUUUAAUGGGUUAAUGUUGGCUAUAAUGACGGUGAUGUGGUAUCAGAUUGAACCAUGCACACUGGGGUAAAAUGACAUUGUAGAUUUGUUUUACUUAGGGAGAGAAACUAUUUGUCAAUAGCAAAUCUUAAUAUCUCAGAAACAUUUUUGAUGAAACAUUUCUAAAAGGCAAUGAAACAGCUGUACAGCAUUUUUCAAAAUGGGAAUAGAAUAUAUAAAAUAUACCAGAAAUGGGAAAUAUAAACUUCCACUAGCAUCUAUUUGUCGAGCAUUUUUGGAUAUAAGUUGAGAUUUCCCUUUGUAGAUUUGAGUACUUCUUUGAGUACAGGUAGUCCUUGAGUUACAAAUGGAAUGGAGUCUGCCCAUUCCAUUCGUAACACGAGGAUUUUGGGAGUGGAUCUCAUACCUUGAAUGGGAUCACUCCCUCCUUUUGCCCACACUUUCGCUAAUCGAAUGCGAGGCUUGUUAAGUGCACAUAAGGUAUUUCAGGGUGGGAAAGGCCAUGGGGGACCGAUUGAUGGAACAGGCCACCUGCCUAAGACCACCACAGGCCUCCCCAACCCACUGAAAUACCUACUGCUCCCCACAAUUGCUGGCGCGCCGGGUCACUUACCUUCUGAAGAUCUAGCAAGCAGUCUGCUCUCCAGCCUCACACACCCUUCUGCAGUUCUAUUCGGGCCUCCGCAGAUCUUGCCCACCAGGUUGCCUCUGUGGGCCUCCCACAGCCUGUUGCAGACCAAAAUGGAGGCUCCAGGUGCUGGAUCCGGACUUCUGAUGCGCCGUUCAGCCCUCCAGGGCUGGAUAUGAGCCUCUGGGGGCCAGAUCCGAUCCUCUGAGGCUCUGUUUGGUCCUCCACGGGUCUCUCCCGGCCCAUUGCAGGCCAAAAUGGAGCUGCCGGCGAAGGCCCUCUGAGGCUUCUUCAGCCUUCUGUGGGCUUCCCCUGGCCCGUUGCAAAUGGAAAUGGAGCUUCUGAAGCUGAAGCUGGAUUCGGCCCUCUGACGCUCUGUUUGGCCUCUGUGGGCCUCCCACAGCCAGUUGCAAACCAAAAUGGAGCCUCCGGAGGCUGGAUCCGAACCUCUGGGGCCAGAUCUAGUCCUCCGAUGCUCCAUUCAGCCUUCUGCAGGCCUCCCCUGGCCUGUUGCAGGCCGAAAUGGAGCCUCUAGGGGCCAGGACCAAGCUUCUGCCGGUGAAUUUGGCCCUCCGAGCUCCAUUCGGCCUUUCAGGGGCUUCCCCUGGCCCAUUGCAGGCUGAAAUGUAACCUCUGGAGGCCUGCAGAGGGCUCUGUUUAGCCCUCCGGGGGCCUCCCCUGGCCCAUUGCAAGCUGAAAUGGAGCCUCUGGGGGCCCCUCAGAAGCUCCAUUUCGGCCGGCAAGGUGCUGGGUACGGCCUCUGGAUGCCCAAACAGGGUUUCUGAGGCAUGGAUCUGCCCCUCAGAAGCUCCAUUUUGGCCGGCAACAUGCAGGACAAAUGUUGCAGAGCCUCUGUGGUUGUUCAUAAUGGCAAACAACUGCUCUGCUGCUGCAAGAUUCGUAGUUUUGGGCCUUGUUCAGAAAUGCUAGGGGGUGUUGAUUGCAUAACUUCGAACGUUCGCUAAGGGAACACUCGUAACCCGGGGAUUACCUGUACACAACAUACAGAAUAUAAAUUAGUUAAGAUAGAUUUAAUGCAAAACAACUGGAAGCAUGGAAAAUGAUAGUGACAAUUGAAAGGAUCAAAAUUUAAAUUCAAAUUGCACUCACUGUCUAAAUAUGCCAAGAAAUGUUUGCUUCUUUAUAUUUUCAAACUGAUUUGCAUGGCUGAGACAAAUUACAUUGUUUGAGCAAAAGUGAUGGUAAGUGAUAUACUUGUGUUUUUAAAGUAAAGGCUGUAAGAACACUCUGACAUUUUUGCUAAUUUUAAAACUCUUGCUAUUUUUAUAUGUCUUGAGUGGUCAGUUUCUUGCAUGCAUUAUCACAUUCAUACAGGUAUACAAAACAGCGCAUGACUGACUAUAGAGUUUAUUAUACUGUAUUGAAUGUUAUAAUGAACUGGAUUUUAAAUAACCAGUUACCUGCUAGUAUGAAAGCCACAGACCACAAACUAAUGAGUGAUUGGAUACUACUGUAUAUAGAAUAUUCUUACUAUUCAGCAUAAUUCCAGCCAUGGAUAUUUUAAAGCACAAGAGUGUUGUGGAGUAUAUCCUCUACUUAAUUUCAGGCCUUGAAGAAGGUUCAAAUAUUCAGUUUCCCCUCUCACUAUUUUUGCAUUUUUAGUUUGGAAAUAAAUUUUCUAAGGAAAGCAAGCUGCCAUUUAACUCCUUUUUUAUCCUCUGCUGAAUAUCCUCUGCUCAGAAGCUAUUUCCUCCUAAACAAUGUACAUUGAUAAUGUUUCAGGGCAUUGGCUUUGGAAUAUUGUCUCACAUAUUCAAGACCUAAAGUAUGGGGGUGUGAUGAUGAUAAAUCUGAUUAUUUAAGACUUGUAAUUACAUCUCUCUUUUCUGAUAACAUAUUUAAAAAUUAUAACCUUUUUUUAAUUUAGAAUCUGUUGAAGUGGAUUAAUAGAAAUCUCUUAUUCUCCAGAUGCUAACAUCUGGAAAUUACUCUGCCUUUCCCUCUUUAAGCUAAUUAGUCCUAAAAGAGAGGAGCAUUUAGCAAGAAGAAAUUCUAUAGGCAGUUACCUUGAACUAGAUACCCUGCCAAUGGGAAAGAUUGACCUGUACAUUUCUGCCUAUUAUGCAGCUGCUCAAGAUUAAGAGUUUAGUUACCAAAAUAGUGGAUAACCUUAAACUCAAUACCUUUUCUUUAAUAACCAGGUAGUGCGAGUUUAAAAGUCUUUGUUUCCCGACAAGGAUAAAACUUUUAAGUUUAAUAUUAAAGGAAAUUCAUGCUGUAUUAACGUGAAGAAUGGUUUUCAUGUAAAACACAAAUGAUUUUUUAAAUGUAUAAAUGGGAGAAAAUAAUUGGUAGCUGAACUGGUUUCUUCCAAUAUCAAGUAGUUUCAUUAUUAUUUUAAUAUAUUGAAAACAUUCCUUAAAUGAUACACUGAACAAUUCAAUUCUGUGGAAUUUAAAAAGCUUGGUUUACUUGAAUGUUUAUAUGAUGUAUAGACUAUUUGAAAUGAACUUUAAUAAGAAAAUGCUGGCAUCAACUUUCAUCAGCACCUAUUGACAUGUGUCGAUCUUAUUUUCAUGUAUUAGUAGAUUUAUAUGUGAGAGACUACUACAAAGAAUCUUCUCCAUAUGGUAGCAUACUUGUGUGACACUGGUACCUCUGUUUCAAGAUUUUAUUAUAUAAUGUCUAUCAAAAAUAUAAAUUAAUAUGAUAGUGUUCUUACAGUAUAAUACAUUUUCUAAUAACUUUUUAAGAAAAUGAAUCAUCAUAUUAUUUUAAGGGCUUGUUAUACACCGUACAACAAUUUUUAAAAAUAUAGUUAUCAUGUCACCUUUAUAAAGUUUGUGGGACUUGGAUUGGUUUUUAGGGUUACGUGUAAUUAAGUUUAUGAACAAAAAAGCCUUUACACUCAUUUUGGAGUACUUUCUUAAAGAAAUUCUGUGGAAAAUUUUAAUGUCUAUAUUUGAGGUCCAGUGAAUGUUACAUGUUUUUAUCUGUUAAAUUUCAUUCCUAAUAAAUAUUUUCUUAGC